AUAAUCCCAUUUGGCAUGAGUCGAGUCGUCUGCUUCGCAAUCAAAACAUGCAGACGUCGCUCGGGGAAGAAGAAAAGCUCGAAGAAGAAAGGUCGUUUUCGUUUUGCGCUUCCGCAUUCUGACAGGCGCAGCCAAUUUCCGACGUUCUUUUCGCAUUUCCUGACCCUUUCCACGUGCUGCAGCUUUGCAGUUUUCGACACUUCGAGCCCCGGAGUGCGGAAGAACGGAUUGGAGCGAGGAGACAUCAUCGGCGUGGGAACAUCAGUCAUUUUGUCCAAUAUGGUGACUUCGACAGACAAGCCUGUGAGCGGUGAUGGGGAUUCUGCACCUAUCAUUCCCAAGGCAGAUGGCCUUCCUAUUGGCAAUUAUCGCAUUGUGGGCUGGGACCUGGAUAUCUCAGGACGCCGCCUUGUCGACGAAAUUCUGCAAAUAGCUGCCUACACUCCUGAUAAGGAGUUUUCUCUGUAUGUUAUGCCCAGUCGAGACUUGAAUAUUGCUGCCCGGCGCAGACACAAGCUGAAGGUUGUCACCAUCAAUCGGUACAGAGUCUUGAAGCACCUCAAGAAUAGCAAGGCUAUCAAGACCAAAAGUGAAAUUUCUGGCCUUCGUGACUUUGUUGAAUGGCUCGAAGCAGUCAAGGGUGAUGCCAAAGAUGGUAUUAUCUUAGUAUUCCAUGAGCAGCUUCAAGUAUGCCCUGCACUCCUCUUGCACUGUUUAGGAAGGUAUCCUCAUGCCGAACUCCUGCAACGGUUCAAGAAUGUUGUUGCUGGAUUUGCGAAUGGUUUCGCUGUUGCCCAGAGCAAAUGUGCUAACUCAACUACCAACUGCCACCUUCGGACACUUUCUGCCGUUCUCCUGGGGAAGGAAGAAGGCCAGGAGAGUGCUGCUGACAGAGCAAGACUUAUUUACCAGGUGCUGCAGAAGCUCUGUACUGAUGAUGGUGCAGACAACUCUGGAGCUGGGGACUCCGCUGCUCCUACUCUGGCUAGCAUGAUUUCCUGUGUACGUGAAUACACUCAACCUUGCCGCCGUGAGGAAGAACUACUUAUUGAACAGCAAGAGAUGAUUAAACGCCAAGAUGCCUUGAGACCAGUCUUCUUGCAACUGAUCCGGGGCAACCGGAAGGAUAAGCUUCGUGCUUACUCGCUUCGGAAACAGUUGCUGGAUGCCAAUAUUGACAUGGCACUUAUCACUGAGGCAUGGAAUUCUGGUCAGAGAGACGCUGUAGCGACACUUCUGAAGGAGAAGGCUCAGUUAGCUAAUGAAGAUGAUUUAGAAGAAUUAACCAAGAAAAUAGAGUGGCACUUUGUACCUGAACUUCGACCAAAACGAGAGCCACGGCAGUCAUUCUCCAAGAGGUCUAGGAAGUCUAGCAAAAGUAUUGACAAGACAGAUGGCACUUCUGACAUUAAUUCAUCAGCUGACAACAAUUCAUCAGAGGCUACAACUCCUACGGAGUCUCCUGAUGUCACUGUAAUUUGCCCUGAGAAGCCAUCCACUCCAGAGAAAGUGCCGGCCUCCCCUGAAAAAUCACCUAAGUCACCAAAAUCGAAGUCUCCCAAGUUGCCAGCCUCUUCCGAGAAGACUACUUCUUCUCCGGAGAAGGUGCCAGCUUCUCCUGAGGCUUCCACUACUGUGGAGAAGUCGCCAACCACUCCCGAGAAAACUACUCCUGAGAAGCCAUCUUCCUCUCCUGAGAAGUCUCAAGCCUCUCCUAAGUCUAAGUCCUCUAACAAGUCUAGGAAGUCUCCUGAGAAGUCUCGCAACAAAGCCAAAGAGUCGCAAGGAGCUGUUGCUUGCUAAACUUUUGAAGUUAACUAGGAUUGCCAUCUAGUCUUUAGACUACACAAUGUGUUCGGAAGUUUUGUCUUGGUUCAUUGAACUGUUCAUAGACCUAAUUUGAAGUGCCAGAUGAGCUAAAGGUAUUUUUAUUUUUUAAUGAUUGAAACUGUUUUAUAAUGUAACAACUACAUUAAAUUUUGGGACAGUUGUCCAACUUGUUUAUUUAUUUUUAUCUAAGUGAGAAUUGUUUAAGGCACUUGGUUUAAUUGUUUUGUUGUUUUUGUACAGUUUCUGUUCUGUUUGAAUGAUCAUGAUGCAUCGAAACUGACUAUGGGGGUAACUUGUCUCCUUUUUGUGGAUAGAGACCUUUAAAUGUGGUUUUAUUUUGAUGACUUGUAUUCAGGUGUUCAAUUUGUCCAUUUGGCAAGGGUACUGAACAUUCCUAAGUUAUGGUUUCGAUUGUCAUGGAGCCAUUUUGUUUUUGUUUGAUUCUAUCAAUUAAAUCUCUAAUAAAGUUACAUGCAUAAAUGA